AUGCUUCUCAACGAACUGCAACACAAUGGCUUACAGUUAAUCAAGCCUACUACAGAUUCAUCCGUUCCAAACAUCGUGCCAUCCAAGCCAGCUACACCUCAAACAAUAAAAGAUACAGUCUGUUCCACAGUUCCAAGAAUUGAGACCAGCGAUCUUAAUGCCAACGACGUCUGUAGCUUGACGACGAAAGCCCUAGAUCAGGGUUCUAAUGAUCGAAUACAGACUGUUUUUGAAAAUUUACAACAGAAAGCCGUCUUAUUCUCAUCAGAAACGUCCUUCCAGACUCUUCACGCUCAGACUGUGGAAGAGGAUAUACAUGAACCCAUAGCAGUAAUUCGAAUUCCAUCAAAACCCCAAUCUCCAGUUUCACUAGAAAGAUCAUCAACACGAAAAGAAAGAUUAACGAUCAGAUCACCUUUACAAGAAUAUCGUCCAAUUGAUCAAAUACAAAAUUUGAGCGAGCAAAGCGUCAUUGGAUUUCUUACCAACAAUGAUCUCAAUAAUCUUCUACCAAUACUCAAAGGCAUUAAUGGUCAAGGUUUAGUUGAACUCCGUCGAGUUUAUGAACGUUCACCCGAAAGCCUAUACAAAAUGUUUACUAUGGAAGGAGAAACAAUGUCUGUUGGUACUUUCUUCAAAUUCAUCGGAAUAUUAAAGAACUAUUUAGCCAUUCUCGAGCAGCAUGAUGUAUCUAAAGUAGAUUUUGGCAGCAAUAUUCAUUCGAAUGUUAUUUGUGACGAAUGUGGUAUAACACCAAUAAAAGGAGAUCGGUACAAGUGUUUAGCCUGUCAAAAUGUUGACUUUUGCCAAUUAUGUUGGUCUGCUAAAAGAUCAUAUAAUGUUCCAAGUCAUUCACACGAUCACCCAGUAAUGCGCUUAAGUAGUCCAAGUGAGUAUCCAGAGUCAUCAGAUUUCUCUUCUUUUAGAUGCAUUAUAAAUGUUUAUCAGCAUUAAGAUUCAGAGUUGAGUUCAUUGAUUCAAAGGACUUGAUAAUAUUUCUCUUGUAGUAAUAUUACUCUGGGAAAUCCUUGAAUAACACGUGCAAUUGACUGCUUGUUUCUGAAGAAAAAUAUCACAUAGAUGGAAAUAAUGAUGAUCUCAAAACCAAGAAAUUAUCUCUGUUUCUCUGAAAUUGCUGAACUCCUUCAUGUUCUUGUCAAGAUGUGACAAAGAAAAUUGUCCUAUUGAACUCAAAAUCUAUUAAUUUCCUUUACAUAAUUCGAGUCAGAAAAAUGAUGCUCGAUCCUAGUGAAUAUGGAAAACGAAUGAAUGUCUCAUUCACUACGUCAGGCAUGUCAUUCAAAAAUGUACCGCGACAUUCAUUAACUUUUUGAAAUACAGUAAAUAAUCGAAUAACUUUUUCUCCGUGAUUGAAAUUGUAUUAUUGGUUCACUAUUUAUAGUCCUGAAUUGGAUUACUUUUAUGAAACUUUUUAAAAUCAAUAACACAGUGCAUACGAGUAAAAUGUUCUUCAUACAGUUUGCAUGAAUUUUUUUUCAUAUCUUUGUUGUAUUCAUGAU